AUGUAUAAAAAGGUAGCAGCUUUCUUAACUAUCUUAAUAUUUAACUCUUUGAAGAUAACAUGUUUCACUAAUAAUGGAUAUGAGAAAAAAACAAUUCCUUCCUUACGAAUGAAUAAUCAAAAUUAUUGGAAAAAUAAAGUUUUAAGAAAAAUAAAAAAUGAAAACAAUUUAAGAAUAAACGUUGAAAAUGAUCAAAGUGAUAAAAUCGAGGGUAUACAAAAUAUGAAUGAUAGUGAAAUUUGUUUUAUUGCGGGUGUAGGAGAUUCAAAUGGGUAUGGAUGGGGUAUAGCUAAAGAGCUUAGUAAAAGAAAUGUAAAAGUGAUUUUUGGAGUAUGGCCACCUGUUUAUAAUAUAUUUAUAAAAAAUUUAGAGUCUGGAAAAUUCGAUAAAGAUAUGAUAAUGGAUAAUGACAAUUCUAAACGAAUGGAAAUACUCGAUGUUUUGCCAUUUGAUGCUGCAUUUGAUAAUUAUGAUGAUAUAGAUGAAGAUACAAAAAAUAAUAAGAGAUAUAAUAAUUUAAAAAAUUAUAGUAUUGAAGAAACAGCUAAUUUAGUUUAUAAUAAAUAUGGAAAAAUAUCGAUGCUUGUUCAUUCAUUAGCUAAUGGAAGGGAAGUACAAAAAAAUUUGUUAGACACAAGUAGAGAUGGAUAUUUAGAUGCUAUCAGUAAAAGUUCUUAUUCUCUAAUAUCUUUAUGUAAACAUUUUUGUAAAUUUAUGAAACCUGGAGGAAGUAUUGUUUCAUUGACAUAUCUAGCUAGCCAAAAAGUUGUACCGGGAUAUGGUGGUGGUAUGUCAAGUGCUAAAGCUGCAUUAGAAUCGGACACAAGAGUUUUAGCUUAUCAUUUAGGUAGAAAAUAUAAUAUAAGAAUUAAUACUAUUAGUGCCGGACCACUUAAAUCUAGAGCAGCUACUGCUAUCAACAAAUUUAAUAAUAAUCAAAAAAAUAAUAUAAAUAGUUCAGAUCAAAAUGAUAAACAAAAUUAUUCAUUUAUUGAUUAUGCAAUUGAUUAUUCAGAAAAAUAUGCACCGUUAAGAAAAAAAUUAUUAUCUACUGAUGUUGGAUCUGUUGCUUCAUUUCUUUUAUCAAAGGACAGUAGUGCAGUUACUGGUCAAACAAUAUAUGUGGAUAACGGGCUGAAUAUUAUGUUCGGCCCUGAUGAUUUAUUUCAAGCUAUAGACCCAUAG